AUGGACAAGAUUGAAGCUGAAGAACAGUCUGAGCCUUAUUCAGUUUCUGAUGUGUCUGCCUUUGUGAAGAAAGGGAAAGGACAAACCAAACACAGCAGCCAAACAACCGACCCAAAGAACAACAGCAAAGCAAAACCACAACAGGAGCAGAAGCUACUAACUCUCGAAAAACUACUAAACAAAGCAGUACCAGGCCAAACUAGCCAACCCAGAAAAAGAGACACUAAGUUCCAGCUAGGACAAAGAACACUAGGACGCCACCCCAGAAGGCAAGCGUCAGAUCCUAACUAG